AUGAAGCGAGGUGCAGAAAAACAACUAAGCAAGGACGAUGCCGAGGACGAAGUGGCCGACGAGGAGGGUGAGGAAGUACCCCGAGGUUUCAAGAAGGCGGAUGAAUCUGAAUUAGCGAGAAGGAGAAUGCGUGCACUGCCCAAACGAAUGUCGGGGGCCGUCCCUCCACCGGCAGCACCGGCACCGGAACCUGCCACAACGAACGGUGCAGCGUCCAACCCACCACCGCGUUUUGGCGGGUUUGCAGGAUUUGGAUCAGGGGGGCCCAGUCCCUUCUCAUUUGCGACCGCUGCCCCUUCCAAUAAUACAGCCAAACCAGCGUCUACACCCUCGCUCAGCGUGUUCUCAAGCACAUCCAGCCCUGCUGCUUCCGCUCCACCUCCUGUACCAUCAACUACGUCUGCAAGUACAAAGUCUUCUGCUUCUUUCUCCAGCACGUCAUCGACUUCGUCGACUCCUAGUGCUGCAAGUUCUAGCCCGCCUGCUAUUAAACCGGCAACUAAUGGCACUGACGACUCUGGCGCCUUAAAAUAUUACACAUCCUUGCGUGGUCUAAACGUAUCCUUCCUCAAGGCCAUUACCAAAGCCGUAGAGGAAGAUCCCUUCAUUGACGUCGCGAUUUUGCUGGAAAGGUACAAGUCCCUGCGGGUUGAGAUCCAAUCAGAGUUUGAAAAGAGCAAGAAGACCUUGGAGAACGGCGAAGCGCGACCUAGCAAUACCUCAAGUUCCUCGAAACCAUCUGAGCCACCCCCCGCUAUGCCGGCGCCCCCGAGUAGUUUCAAAGGCUUCAGCUUCCCUCCCUCUGCCCCAGCCAUAUCUACUACCCCGAGUGGCGGAUUCACGCCUAAGCUUGACACGGCCGGGUCUUCAGGUAAAACAUCUGGGUUCUCGUUCCCGACUGCGCCGCCGCCUUCCUCCUCUGACAAACUGUCUGGGUUCUCGUUUCCGAGCGCGACCUCGACCUCCUCUGCACCAUCCACACUCCCCUUUUCUUUGACUCCUAGCACGGCGUCAUUCAAACCAACUUCUGGUGCCCCUGGCGCCUUCGACACAUUCAAGUCUGAUGAGAAAUCCAAGUCUUCAGGCUCGCCGUUCUCCUUACCGUCCACGUCGGCGUCUACUUCCGAUAAAUCGGAGAAACCGGCUUCGGCCUUCUCAUUUGGGUCUACAGCUUCAGAUAAGAAGACGUCGUCUGCCUUCAGCGGAGGGGCCUUCAGUUUUGGCAAGGACAAGGACAAUGAAUCUUCUUCGUCUGUCAGCAAUCUCUUUGGAGGUACCAGCGCGUUUGGGACGAGCACGCCGCCCAAAUCAGACAAAGCUCCCGCCAGUAGUGGAUUCAGCUUUGGGACGACCUCCAGCAGCAAUACUUCCUCGUCUGGAUUCGCUGGCUUCGGCAAACCAAGCGGCGGGAGCAUAGGAAACCCCGUAGGGUUCGGUUUUGGCAGCCCCCCGAGGUCGAGCGAGGGUGGUUCUAAGUUCGGAUCUUCCGGUUUCAAUUUCGGUGGCUCGAAAACGGAGGAGAAGCAAGAGACCGAGGAAAAGAAAGAAGAAUCCGGAGAGAGUCAGGAUACAGAGAAGGAGGGAGAAAGCGAGGAGGGGCAGGCAAAGGAAGAAGAGGUCGUUCACACCAGCAAAGAGAACCUCGGUGAUGUAGAGGGGGAAGGGGAGGAGGAUGAGGUGACGACGCAUGCGGUAAAGAGCAAGGUCUAUAAGUUUUCAAAGACCUCGGCGGACGAGAAGGGCAAGUGGGUCGACUUGGGUGUCGGUAUGCUCCGGCUGAAGAAGCACAAAGAGACGGAGUCACGGAGAGUGCUUCUGCGUAACAGCAAUUCGGGCAGGGUUGUCAUUAACUUCAAGAUAUACGCAGGUCUGACACCGAAGGUCAACAAUAAGCACGUCAGCUUCACCGGCCACGACCAGGGCGAACCGGUCAACUACCAACUCCGUGUCAAGACGCAGGAAGACGCUGAGCAAUUGAACCAGGCUCUGCUGAGAGAAAUCGAAUUCGUAAAAGGGCAGCCCGAAUAAACGAUAUGUCCUUCCACAGCCAAGCCCCGUGUAUCCUGCUUUGUUGAAGUUCUAUUUUAUUCCUAUCCUCCGCAUUCUUUGCUGACCGGUUACACUAUGGACAUGCGUCCUAUCCUCCUUGACGAGCGUACAAGAUUUAAUGACUUCCGUGUCUGCGCCCGCUAUCGACCGCUGAAGUGGCUUUGGGCGUUGUGCCAAGUGGAGCUCAGCACAAAAGCUUCACUGAGUAGCAUCUCGAUAUCGUGAUCCGUCCAUGAUUGUGUAGGCAGUGACUGCAAGAACAUAAUGAUGCCUUGGAAGUCCAUCUGUCGCAGUUUCUCGCUCCAUUUCACAAGGAAAGCGGAACAUACAUAGAGAUGAAACUGCGAGAAAGCAUCGGCUCCUUCAGCCAGAUACGUAUCCCACAUGCGGAUAGUGUUUCGGACGCUGAUCUCCCUCAUAAGCAAGCAAUUCAUCCACCUGAAUGCGAAUUGCAU